ACGUGGACACUUGCUCCAGUUUCAGGGCUGACGAAAAAAAAAGCAAAGCGAGUAGAAAUGAGCAGAUUCUGACAGAGGUUUGGUGAGAACCAGUCUCUUCACUGUUACAUUACUUUACUUUACUGUAAAAUGUUUUAAAUCACGUGUUUUAAACAAACCUGGCAGCAGCAAAGUCUCUCGCCUCCGACCGCGUCUCCUUCGUUCGCUGUCGGCUUCCGUAGAAAGUGUUUCCGGUCAGUCCCGGAAGUAAAAUGAACGCUAUCCCCCUGUGUGCAGCGCAGGCUCGGGCUCGUUUCUUCUUUUCAUCGUGUUUUUUUUAAAGUCCCGGGGUUCGGCAGAUGCUUCCCGCGGCUCUGGAGACGCUUCCCCGGGGUGAGCGGAGGUUCAGCGGCAGCAGCGGCGGCUGUCAGCGGGCGGAAUGACCUCCGUGUCCGUGUCCCUGCACACGCAGCUCUCCUCCGUCAUGGAGUCUCUGGUCCACGCCGCCGUGGCUCAGCUGAAGAAGCUGGUGGAGGACGGAGCGGACUUCUUACUCAGCCUGGAGGUCCGGGCCGGAGAGGAGCCGCCUCUGCCGGCCAGAGUGACGGCGGAGAGCCGGGAGAAGAUGGUGCUGUUUGCCUCCAUCAUGGAGACGUUGGGGAACGAAGCUCUGGGGAAGAUCAUGAACAUCGUGGAUGAAGUCCAGCAGCAGGGGGCGCUGCAUUUAACCAGGAGCGGCAGGAGACCUCAGACCAGCAUCCUCAACGUCCUCAACAAGGCACAAGUUGAGAUGGAACACUCGUACGGUCUCCGCCCACAAAACACCAACGCUGACAACGGAACUGUUCAGACUCCACUGAGGAUCAAACAGGAGAAAGAGAGGGCGGAGCCUCCAUUUGUGCCGGCGCUCACCGUCAAAGACGAGCAUGGAAACAUCGACCUGCGAGCCAUCGCUGAACGAGCUCGUGUUGAAGCUGAUCCUCCUCUGGAUCUUCAGCAGCAGGAAGUUUCCACUUCACCUGAGUUGGUUGUUCAGAGCGUCACCUGGAAGUCCUUCACACCUCACGGUGACUCCAAAGCUCAACGCCGUGUCCACACGGGUGAGAAGCCAUUCACGUGCAGCUCCUGCGGCCGCGCCUUCCGCCUGAGGCGGAGCCUGCAGAACCACAUGCGCCUGCAUUCUGGCGAGCGCCUGCAUUCUGGCGAGCGCCUGCAUUCUGGCGAGCGCCUGCAUUCUGGCGAGCGCCCACACGAGUGCGCCGAGUGCGGCAAGUGUUUCGCCAAACAGGCGCAGCUGAAGACGCACGCCAUCGUCCACACAGGUGAGAAGCCAUACAGCUGCGAGCUCUGUGGCCGCCGCUUCAACCUGGUGCAGAACCUGCACCGCCACGCCCACACACACACCGGCGCCAAGUUGUUUGUGUGCAGCGUCUGCGGCAAAGGCUUCACCCGCGCCGUCACACUCAAGAGCCACGAGCUCAUCCACACCGGGCAGAAGCCCUUCAAGUGUGAGGAGUGUCCCAAGACGUUCCGACACGCCGUCAACCUCAAGAACCACCAGCGGAUCCACAGUGGCGCGCGACCUUUCACCUGCGACCUCUGCGGGAAGAGCUUCCGCCAGUCGAUGAACCUGAAGAUCCACCGCCGUGUUCACACCGGCGAGCGGCCGUUCAGCUGCCGUGAGUGCGGCAAGACUUUCAGCCAGCAGAGCAGCCUGAUGGCACACGGACGCACGCACUCCGCCGACAGACCCUUCUGCUGCGGCUUCUGUGACAAGACGUUCAACAACGCUAACAGCCUGAAGCUGCACCAGCGUGUGCACACGGGCGAGAAGCCGUACGCCUGCGACGUCUGCGGCAAGACCUUCAGUCAGGGCAGUCACCUGCGCACGCACACGCGCCACGUCCACGCCGGCGGCAAGCAGUACAUCUGCGACAAGUGCGGGAAGAGAUACUCGGACCAACGCAACCUGAAGCUGCACAAGUGCAGCUACGCCUGAACGCGGCAGGAAAGUGUGUCCGCUGCUCGUCACGUGCGUCUGAAACUUCAGGAAAAAAACAGUUUCAGGAGUUCAGAAUUUUUUUUUAGAGAGAAAAUGUAUUUUUUCAGCUUGGGGGCGGAGCAGUAAGUGCACUUGUGUUGCCAGUGUGGGUGGGGCUGCUUUUUUCAGUGAUGAACUUCAGCCGUUGCCGUGGACACGUCUCUGUCACUGUCUUAACGUGAAUGAACACAGUGAACACAGUGAACAUGAACACAGUGAGUUUUCACAUGAAAACACUGUUGCUAGGUAACGGCAGCACCAGCUCACGCAUGCAUAUAAAAACAAAAACAAUUUUGCAAUAAAAAAAUUACAAAAUA